AUGUUAAAUGUUGAUAUUUUAUGGAGGUCAGUCGGUAAUAUGAAUGCGACGUCUAUUAACAACUUUCAUAAUCUGACGUAUGAUAUAGAAGGAACAGAAGCUGAAGAAACGAUUAGUGGUGGGAGUUCAACAGGACAAUUGCAAAAUACUUUGAGCAAUAAUCUGAAUCCUUGUUUGGCUAAAAAAAAUCACGAUGAUAAAGAAAAAAGGCAACCAAACUAUCGGCCAAGUUUAACAGAAGAGUUGAAACAAAACGUUACAACUGAGCUUGUGAAUAAAUCUAAUGAGGGACAGUGGAAUUUAAUAAAAGUUCGUGUAGGUUUUGAUGUUACACGUAAAGGUGAAAGAAGUCUAGUUAUCAAUGGAUAUAAAUUUACAAAAUCAAGAGAUGGUAUGGGUGAUCGUGUAUUUUGGCGAUGUUCUCGUCGUGAAUGCAAAGCUACAGCAGUUACUGUUUCAAAUAAAGUAGAGCAUAUACGAUCGAUUCAUUCUCAUUUGCCACCAGUAGCUGCAGAAUUUUUUUCUGAUGAUUCUUCUCGUUGUGAACAAGAAGUACGAUUUAACAAUUUAGUCUAUACUCAACGUUCUCGCAUUCGUAGACGUAGCCAACCGAAUCCUUCUAUAAAACUAUCAAAACAAUCAGUAACGAAACCCUGUUUUCUUGAACAAAUAAAAGAAUUAGCCAGUCCAACUUCAUGUUCUGUAACAUCAAAUGCAGUUUCGCAUAAAAACUAUUCUUCAAACCUAAGAAGUAUGGAUUGUCCAAAUGAUUUAUGCAUUGAUUCAAGUGAAUAUGCAUCUCCUAUAAAGAAAAGACAUUGUUCUGAUCAAGACCUAUCUGAUUACUCAACUUUACAAACAAUGUCUGCCCUUUUAACUAAAUGGGUCGAUUCGAAACAAGUGAAUAUAGGAAAAGACGAGGCAAAAGAACAUCUCUCUAAUAUUUCAAAAUGUAUUUUACCUCCAAAGAAAUUGUCAAAUAAUAUCUUGACUAGUGAAGAAUACCAGUUAUUCAAUAGUAAUUCAGUUUUAGAUGUAAAUAAUUCUUCGAAUGGUUAUGAGGAUUCCUUGUCAAAAGUAUCAAAAUCAGAAAGUUUCAAAAAAUUAACUACCCUGGUCACUUCAUCGAACAAUAUUUAUAAUCAUAGUUCAGAAAAUGAUUUAACAGGAAUAAAUAAAACUUCACAGAUCAUCACACGGAACGGUACUACUGCUGAUGAAGACGAUAGUAAUCGAGACUUUAUAAAUGAUAAUUCACAAAGAAAUUCCAUAAUUAAUAAUAUGUCAAAAACUCAGCAAUCUGAUAUAAGUUCACCUUCAAUAGACGUCGGUUCCCUUGAACACAACUGUCAACGUCAAAUUAUUCUCCUUAAUAACGAACAAUUGAAUGAAUUACUAAAAAUAAUAAAUUACAGUCGAAUCAACAAUACGCCAAUCCAAAGUGAAUCUAUGAAUUCACCUUCUUCACAAACAUCAAGUUUAGUCAAUGACAAUUUACUUAAUUCUAUUGGGUUGUUCACAGCAUCCGAUCCUAAUUUAACUGGAGGUUUAGCACAGUGCACUACUACUUAUUGCUGUUCAUAUUACCCAAGACUUAACAGUAGAGUUGUGAAUCGCAACAAUGAUUGUUGUCUACCAUCAUUUCAUCAUAUUUCCAGUUCUACAAACCUAAAUUCAAAUCCAAUUGUAUAUUCUUCUUUCAACAAUUGUUCGAAUAAUUUGUUCAAUAAAAUGUCCAAAUCAGUGGCAGUCAGUGAGAGUAAUAUUGAUGGCUGUGACACUCAUGUAAAUGGUCACAAAUCAUCAUCUCCGAAUUUUCUAAUUCAUUGGAAAAAGGAGAAAAUACGUGAAUCUGUUGAAGAAGAUGGAGUCAAUUCGUUGAAUGGAUUCUAUGAUAAUAAUAAUAAUAAUGAAACAUUUUCACAUCAACUUUAUCAAGAUAAAGAUCAUAAUAAUACGUUGGAAAUGGUAGAUAAUCAACAAACAUCAGUUAAUAAUACUCCUAUGACGAAUUGUUCAUCACAAUUACUUUCUCAUGGUAUGAAUAAUAAAUUUUCCAGUUACAAUACAUUCAGUUCAAAUUCAAGGACUACAAAUACUACUAAUAGUUAUGAUAGCAGUAGCAAUAGUAGCGCACGUGAAUUAAUUCAAAGUCAAUCUGAAAUUACCAUUCAGUCAUCAGACGAUGACCACUUUUUAUAUAAUCAAAUCCAAGAUAGUAUUCUCAUGAAAAUACUUAAUACAGUACAACAGUUAACCGCUAAACUUGAUGCAGAUGCUGAUCCCCCUGAAGUAAUUCAAAAUUGUCGAGCUAUUCAAGCUUGCCUAGAUACAAUUACUGCUAUAAAAAGAGCCAAAUCAAAUCAGUUCUUUAUUGAUAAACUAGAUGAAACACGUUCAACUAAUACACUUGAAGAGUCAAAUGACAAUAUACAACCCAGUGAAUUCACCUCUAAGAAUCAAGAAAAUUUCCAACUGUUUUCGCCUAAUUUCAUCCAAUCAUAAUCGUUCUUCUGCUUGUUGCCGUUGCUGUUAUUCAGAAGUAUUAAUAGUUGUAAUACUCAUAACAAA